GGUUUCCACUAAACCAAAAAUCCUCUUUCGAAAUAGAAAGAAAAAAAAAAAGAUCCGGCCAGCUCACAGCUGUAACUAAAACAGAAAAAAUAAGAGUAAAGCCGAUCGCAAAUAAUCAAAAUCAAUCUCAAUCUCAAUCUCAAUCUCGUUAGGGUUUUUUUAUUUCUCCGAAGAAGAUCAUAUGGCAAGUCCUCGAUUUGCAGUCACACCUGCAAAUAAUAAUAACAAUAAUAAUAAUUUUAGGGUUUCAAAUAUAAAAAGCCCAAAUACCCCUACAUUAAGCGACGAAAGUAUAUGGAAACGUCUUCGUGAAGCAGGUUUUGAUGAAGAAUCUAUUAAACGCAGAGAUAAAGGCUCCCUCGUUGCUCAUAUUGCUAAACUCGAAGCCGAGAUAUAUAAUUUGCAAAAUCAAAUGGGGAUAUUGAUUAUCGAGAAAAAGGAGUGGGUUGCUAACUACGAGGAGAUGAAAUCUGCUGCGGAGUCGGCUGAAUUGGCGCUGAAGCGGGGUGAGGCUGUGAAUAUGUGUGCGUUGGCGGAAGGGAAGAAAAGGGAGGAAAGUUUGAAGAAGGCGCUUGGAAUUGAGAAAGAAUGCGUCUCCAAUAUUGAGAAGGCGUUGCAUGAGAUGCGUGCGGAAUGUGCUGAGGCAAAAGUUGCGGCUGAUAUUAAGUUAGCUGAUGCACGGACUAUGAUGGAGGAUGCUUUGAAGAGGAUGGCUGAAGCUAAUUUGAAGAUGCAAGCUGCUGAGUCUUUGGAAGCGGAAGCUAGUAGGAAUCGUCGUGCUGCUGAAAGGAAGUUGCAUGAAGUUGAGGGCCGUGAAGAUGAUCUUAGGAGACAGAUGAAUGCUUUCAAGUCCGAGUGCGAGUCUAAAGAAAAAGAAAUUCAGCUUGAACGACAAUCUUUGUUUGAGAGACAGAAAUCUGUUCAACAAUCACAAGAGAGAUUACUUGAAGGGCAGGCCUUGCUAAAUCAACGAGAAGAUUAUAUAUUUAGCAGGACUCAGGAAAUAGCUCGCCUUGAGAAGGAGCUAGAGGCUUCAAAAUUAAACCUUGAGGAGGAGAAGAAAUCUCUCAAAGAGGAAAAAUCCAAUUUGGACUUAAAAGCAACUUCGUUGGAUGAAAGAGAAGAGGAUUUCACCAGGAAGGAAAAUGAGUUAAAAAUGAAGUAUGAAGAGUUGCAUAAGCAGCAAGAGUUAAUUGCAAGCAAGGAAUCUGACCGAAUUAAACAAGCAUUGGCUGAUCAUGAAGCUGCUUUGAAAGAAAGAAGUUCCCAAUUUGAAGCCGAGUUAGAAAAAAAACUCAAAUUAACAGAGGAAAUGAUUGAGAGCAAGAGGCGGGCUUCAGAAUUAAGGGAAGUCGAGCUUAGUCAGAGAGAGGAUUUGAUUUCAGAAAAGGAGCAAGAUUUGGAAGUUCAGUCAAGAGCCCUCGGUGAUAAAGAAAAUGAACUUUCUGAAAAGAUGAACGCUGUGGAGGAGAAGGAAAAAAGUAUAAUUUCUGCAGAGAAAGAGAUAGAGUCGCAGAAAACUGUAUUGCAGAGACAAAAAGAAGAGGUUAAUCGAAUGAAAGCUGACCUUCAAGAGUCAUUGAAGUUAUUAGAUGAUAAAAGCAAAGACAUCUCUCAUGCAGAGGAGAAAGUGGAGGCUAAGAGAACUGAAACAAAUGAGUUAAUGAUAUUGGAAGGCAGGUUGAAAGAAGAAAUUGAUUUGAUAAGAGCUCAAAAACAGGAACUUGAGAUUGAAGCAGACAAGCUGAAAACAGAGAAAGCGAAGUUUGAAGCAGAGUGGGAGAUGAUCGAUGAAAAAAGAGAAGAAUUGAGACUUGAGGCCGAGCGUAUUGCAGAAGAAAGAGUUACAAUUUCAAAGUUUUUGAAGGAUGAACGUGAUGUUCUGAAGUUAGAAAAGGAUCUAUUUCGUGAACAAUAUCAAAAAGAUACUGAGUCACUUUCACGCGAUCGGGAAGUCUUCAUGAGAGAAAUCGAGCAAGAACGAUCUGAUUGGUUCAGUAAAAUUCAGAAAGAGCGUACUGAUUUCUUGCUAGAUAUUGAGUUGCAGAAAAAGGAGUUGGAGAAUUGCAUUGAAAAGAAACGUGAAGAAUUAGAAGGUUAUUUAAAGGAAAAAGAGAAAGCCUUUGAAGAAGAGAAGAAGAAAGAACUCGAGUAUAUCUCAUCUCUUAAAGAAAUAGCAGCAAAAGAAGCAGAACAAGUUAACAUUGAGAUGCAAAGACUUGAAAUGGAGAGGAAAGAAAUUAAUGUUGAUCAUGAGAGAAGGGACAAAGAAUGGGCAGAAUUAAAUAAUUCUAUAGAAGAACUUAAAGUUCAAAGGGAAAAAUUGGAGAAACAGAGGGAACUUUUGCAUGCUGAUCGAGAAGAGAUUCUUGGUCAGAUUGAGGAGCUGAAGAAACUUGAAAAUGUAAAAGCUGUUCCUUAUCGUAUUGUAGCAAGUGAGAUUGAAGAAUGUGAUUCAGAUUCCCGGAAACAUUCAAAAAGAUAUGUGAAACAUCAGCGUAAGCUGGAUUCAGCUCAGAAAAAUGGCAGUCGUGAAGAUGCUGCAAUCAAUUCGUCAUCCAAUAAGGAAAUAAGUAAUGGGUCACCUCCUCUCUCUGCUCCUUUUGGAUGGCUUAAAAGAUGUGCUAGUACUUUGCUGGAACAAACACAGAGUAACAAGAGAAGGAAGCAAAGUGAAGUGAAACAAUCUGCGGAGACUAUUAGCCCUCGUGGCUUAUCAUCACUGUUAAGCAAUGUUGAGAAUGAAAAUGGAAGGCCUGCAGUAGGUACCAAGGAGACUACUGUAUAUAUAGACAAGAUCAUCACAAUUAGAGAAGUGACCUCUGUCAAUGGUGCAAAUGCUGUUAAAAAUACUCAGGAGGGCGAGCAGCAACUUGAACAUAAAGAUGAUCUUGGAUCAGAUGAUACCAGGAAAUCCGCAAGCCAAAAGCUGAAGGGACAAGUUGUAGAUUAAAGUAGUGAUUGGUGUGCAUAAUAACCCAUAUAUAUUAGGGUUUUAGUUACAUGUAUGUGAACCUUUCUCCUCAUGCAUUACUUUUCAUGGUUAGGGUUUGUUGUCAUGAGUUUAAAGAAAGUCAUCUUUUUUAGAGUUUGGUGUUGAGAGAAGUUUGACGAUAAUAGACGCAAAUACCUAUAGGCAAUAGGUUUAGAGGAGGGUUUCUCUAACCACUUUUUCGGGUGUUAAUGUGUUUUGCCCGCAUAGUCUUAACCACUUAAGCAUGUAUAAUGGCUUAAGGUUUUUGGUUGGUUUGGAGUUGUAUAUGGUUUCCUAACCUUGGCUUAAAUUUGGUGUCAAUUGUGGUCAGUUGGUAAACUGAUGCUGCUUGUUGAACUAUAUUUGUGUAAGAUAUUCUUUAGCUUUAUUAUUUCUUUGUUUUUCUUUUA